AUGAAUUAUGCUUGUAUUUUGAAGCUUGUCUGGCAGUUUAUCAAUGGAGUGGUUGAUCUUUGGUGCAGAGUGCUUCAUGGUUUGUAUAAUGAUGACAAGUUGAACAAGUAUAAGAUUAGAAAGAAUUAUGGUUCAUGCUUGUGGAAAGAUUUUUUGAAAGCCAUGUCGUUGUUGCUGCAGUUUAGUAAGUGGUCUAUUAGAGAUGGUAAGACUGUGGACAUGUGGGAUGAUAAUUGGAUUAAAGUUGGCAGUUCCUUGAGAGAGCAGAUGCAAGCUAUUCUUGAAGAGUGGCAAGGUAGAAAGGUCAGAGAUUUUGUGAUAGUAACGGGGGAAUGGAAUUGGCAGGUUUUGCAAAAUUGGUUGUCUCGUGAAAAUCUUGAUAAGAUCAGCCAUAUAACCCUUCCAUAUGAAGAUCAAGACAUGGAUAAGUUUAAGUUGGUUGGAGUGUCCAAAUAG